CGGGGCCGGGAGAAGGGGGCGAGCGGGGUCCCGACUUCCGGCGCUGCGGAGCGCGGCGGCUUGGGCGGAGGGUGCGGGUCGGCGCAGCCAUGGUCAAGAUCAGCUUCCAGCCGGCCGCGGGCGGCACCAAGGCCGACAAGGCGGACCAGGCCGAGCCCGCGCCGGCGGCCGCCGAGAUCCUGCUGACGCCCGCGCGGGAGGAGCGCCCCCCAUGUCACCGCCACAGGAAGGGGGGCUCCGUGGGCGGCAUGUGCUACCUGUCGGUGGGUAUGCUGGUCCUGCUCAUGGGCCUGGCCUUCGCCUUCGUCUACAUCUACCGCUACUUCUUCCUGGCUCAGCUGGCCCGGGAUAAUUUCUUCCACUGCGGCGUGUUCUACGAGGACUCGCUGUCCUCGCAGCUGCGCACGCGCAUGGAGCUGGAGGAGGACGUGAACAUCUACCUGGAGGAGAACUACGAGCGCAUCAAUGUGCCGGUGCCGCAGUUCGGGGGCGGGGACCCGGCCGACAUCAUCCACGACUUCCAGCGGGGCCUCACCGCCUACCACGACAUCUCCCUGGACAAGUGCUACGUCAUCGAGCUCAACACCACCAUUGUGCUGCCCCCCCGGAACUUCUGGGAGCUGCUCAUGAACGUGAAGAGAGGGACCUACCUGCCGCAGACCUACAUCAUCCAGGAGGAGAUGGUGGUCACUGAGCACGUCAGCGACAAGGAGGCGCUGGGCUCCUUCAUCUACCACCUGUGCAGCGGGAAGGACACGUACCGCCUGCGGCGCCGGGCCACCCGGAGGCGGAUCACCAAGCGCGCGGCCCAGCCCUGCAGCGCCAUCCGCCACUUCGAGAACACGUUCGUGGUGGAGACCCUCAUCUGCGGGGUGGUGUGAGGGGCCGGGCCCGGCCUCUCCACGCGCCCUCCGCGCCUCUUCCGGCUGCCCCUGCUUUGCUUGCCCUGGCGCCCCCCCCUCCCCGUGCUGUGUGUCCUCCGCCUGCUGCCCUGUCCCGGCCUCCAGCUCUCUCUGCCGACCCCCGGAUCUGGAGGGGCAGGGGGGCGCAGAGGGAAACACCCCUAUAGACGGUUUCCAAGACCAUCCUCCUGAGGGCACUGGGAGAGGGAGGGGUGAGGUGGGGAGGGGAGCUCAGAAAUCCCUGCACAGGUGGGAGUAACGGGGAGGGGGGGGACGGGUUGGGGGGCUUGCAGGGGACCUGCCAUGGGGAACCCACGAAGAGCACAGGAAAGGGGGCCAUCUGGGGGGGAGGGGGCUCUCCCCAGGACAUGUCAGUGCCUUCAGCCCCCCAGGGGGUGCCCGGAGUUGGGGGUGGGGUGGGGACGAGUCUCAAGCACAAUCAUUCACGAGUGGAACCAAAGACACGGGUCGCAAGGGGGGGGUGGGGGUCCCUGUGGGGAGGGACAGGGUCCUGAGGGACAGGGUCCUGGGGGACAGGCCCUGGCCCCACCCCCACCCCCCAUCCCGGAAGCCCAACUCCCCCGCUCCCCCCCACCCCCGCAUGAUUUUAUUAACCCUUUGCUAGCCAGGACGGGUGCCCGCUCUGGAGGGGGUCUCCUCAAGGCUUUGUAUAUUUUCUCAGUUAGAUCUCUACCGGAGUCUGUAGGAUAAUAAAGGAUCUUUCACUUCUGA